CACUUUUCUGCCAUAAACUUUCGAACUUCACAUUGCUACCACAGACCCUGCCUUUCUCUAAAACCAGAGCAACAGGAUUGAACCCCAAUACUCUCCAUCUACACUUUAGCGUCCGUGUCCACUGGCAAACGGAUCACCUCCUCCAUCACCACAACAACCUGUACUCCUUCCAUCCCACACGGCUCUCUGCUGUCCUUCUUUCUCUCUCCUCCGCACAUCUCCCCUCUCUCUGCACUAAUCCGUUCCACCCACCCCGCCUCGGCAUGGAGAAGGUGCAGCACAUGACGCGGGCGGCCAUUCGGCGGGCGUCCACCAUGGAGGUUCCCCAGCAGGCCAAGCAAAAGAUGCAGGAUCUCUUCGUCAACUUCUGCCUCAUCCUCAUCUGCCUGCUGCUCAUCUACAUCAUUGUCUUGCUAAUCUCUUUCCGUGGCAUAUGAGAGACCGGCGUGAUGUAACCAGCCCACUGGCGAACAAGAAGAACCGACACUUGGGGACGAACGCGCUCAAGCUACACGAGGAGACAGCUGAAUCUGAACAUCCCUGCAAAUCUCCAUCCCAUCAAUAUGGAUCUGACCAAUAACCGAGGACUAAACCUGCUGCUCAACUUCCUGCUUAUCGUAGUGGC